CAGAAACCGGAAGAGGGAGCGGAGGAGGAAUUGUGGCGAACAAGACAAGCCGAGAACAUGGCGUUAGGAGAUGCGUGGAAACAGAUAUCCUGGUUUUACUACCAGUAUCUUCUCGUCACGGCGCUGUACAUGCUGGAGCCUUGGGAGCGAACCAUCUUCAAUUCUCUCCUGGUCUCUGUAGCAGCCAUGGCCGUAUACACAGGCUUUGUUUUUAUGCCGCAGCACAUCAUGGCCAUUUUACACUACUUUGAGGUGAUCCAGUGACCAACACGCCAACCCUUCAGGCUGCCACAUGGUUUACUCUGGUGGUUUAAAACGGGAGUUCCCCUGUAAGGAUGUUUUCCUCUUUGCAUUUGACUGCUGGAAUCACAAAGCAUUUGGUGAAGUGAAACUGGGAAAAUCUGAUGACGGCAGGUGGAGGAAUCAUGUAAACCAGACCAUUGUCAUGUCUGUGGCUAUGUGCAAAGUGCACAGCUUUUAAGACUCUGAGCACAUACUGCCGUGUUGGUAUAUGGUACCCUGUACGUCAGAAAACAUUGUAUAUUUAAACGUUUUUAUACUUACAUUUUUUUUUUCUUUUUGCUUUGAUGAGAGUGGUUUAUUGAGAAGGCUAAAUAUUUUGUGAUAAAUGUGUAUAUUCCAGUGUAUACAUAUUUGUAACUGUUUUAUAAAGAUUUAUUUUGACUGGGGAUUUAAAUAGUUUUGUUCGCCACAGUGGAGCAUUGUAUACAUUGUAUGCAUUGUAUAGAAUUUGAAAUAUUUCUCUUGACUUCCUGUGUAAGCUGAUGCAGAGUCCUGCCUGUACAGUAAAUUAAUUCAGGCUGCUAUUUUAAAACUUAAACCGGUUGCUAACUCUAUGGCUCUUUCUCCAUAUAAAUUAUUAAAGAUAUAAUUUAGUAAAAAUCUCA